CUCCCAGCAGCCGCUAAUCCCUUUCCCUGCGCGCAUCCUGGAACUGGGAGGAGGAGUAGCUCGGACCAUGAUUUCUGGGAUCGUGUUGCCAGGGGGAAGGUGGCACCGUCGGGGACUUGCGUUUGGAAAUGACAGCUGCGUGGACGGAGAAGAAGCACCACCACGGGGAUCUUCGAAAUAGUAAACAGACAAGAUAACGAUUAAAGGUCUCCCUCGCCUCGCCGUGGAAAGGGUACGUGUGUCGAGAUGGAGACACUGAUGAGUGCGGUGGCCCCGCGCUCCCCGGCCCCUGCCAAGAGGCCCUCAGAGGUGGACUUCAGAUCCGGGGCCUCGCUGGAGCAGCUCUCUGCACAGGUGACCGAGCUGGUGCACCAGGAGCAGGGGGAGUUUGGAGACCAGACUGCCUUAGAGGUCCACACCGCCAAGGACUUCAUCUUCAACAUGCUAGGUCUUGUCCAGAAAAUUGACCAGCGCCUCCCAGUGGCCAACGAGUACCUGCUGCUGUCCGGUGGGGCGCGUGACGGCGUGCUGGACCUCGACCCCUCGGACCUGGGCAACUACGCCAAAGGGGCCGACUUCCACCUGGACUUCACCCUGCUCGUGCCCGCCCUCAAGCUCCACGACCGCAACCAGCCCGUCACCCUGGAUAUGCGCCACUCCCCACCCUGCCACUCCUGGCUCAGCCUGCGCCUCUGCGACAAUGCCGUGCUGUCCCGAUGGAGUGUGUGCUGCGAGGAGGAGGGCGCCCUGAGCCACGAGGAGGGGGAGGAGCAGGGGGAGGGGGAGGAGACAGGUAAAGCCGUGCCCCCGUCGCUGGGCUCUCCGCAGGCCCUGGACGGCUGUUAUUUCUCGCCCGCCCUGGUCACAGACUGGUUCUGGGGGGUGGUCCGGGAGGCCGUGGAGGAGCUGAGGAGGAGCCCGCAGAGAGGCAUCCCCACCCCGGAGAGACUGGAGCGCAACGGGCCCCUCACCACCAUCAUCCUACAGGCGGGCUCCAGCCGGGUCCUGUACGACCUGCUCCCUGUGGUGUCGUUUCGGGGCUGGCCUGCGGUGGCUCAGGGCUGGCUCACGGCAAACCACUUCUGGGAUGGAAAGAUCACAGAAGAGGAGGCCAUCUCAGGCUUCUACCUGCUGCCCUGCUGCGCACCAGCAGGAGGCAGAGCGGACCGUGAGUGGAGACUGGCCUUCUCCCGCAGCGAGGUCCAGCUGAAGAAGUGCAUCCCUUACCCCAUGGCCCAGGCGUUCCAAGCAGCUAAAUCCAUCUUAGCUCCCGUGCUGGCUCGCCCGCGCUCCGGCCUGAGCCUGUACCACCUGCGCACCCUCCUCUUCUGGGCGUGCGACCGUCUGCCCUCCGCCUAUCUGUCCUGCCCCGACCCAGACACGCCCGGGCGCCUCAUGUUGGGACUCCUGGACGAUCUGGCCCACUGCAUCCUCAGCAAAAACUGCCCCAACUACUUCCUCCCACAAUGCAACAUGCUCGAGCACCUGUCCGACAGCCAGGCCCUGUUCAUAGCGCGUAAGCUGGCGUGCGUGAGGUCGGACCCGCUGGAGCACCUCCGCGCGGCGCAGCAGUCCGGCCAGCUGAAGAAGGAGCUCAUGGCCAACGCUAACGGACACGGGUCGCCGGGGCAUCAGUCCAACGGGAUCAUUUCCCCGUCAGAGGAUAAGCUCGCACAGAGACUGCAGCAGCUCGUCACGGAAAACCCCGGAAAGUCCAUAUCGGUGUUCCUGAAUCCCGAUGAUGUCACGCGGCCGCAUUUCAGAAUUGAUGAUAAGUUUUACUGAAGAGGAAGGAGGGAUGGUACAGUAUAAAGAGUGUACGAGUGUUAAAAUGUUCUACACUGAUGAUUGCUACGAGAAACAUGAACAAUUCGAUAUUUGUUUAUUUGUGUCUUAAUAUAAAAAAAAAACAAAACAGUGCCCUACAAUUCCU